CGAAUAUCUGACACACAUCCGCCACCAGACGAUCAGGAAUAUAUUUUAAUCAGCGGGAAUCUGCAGGAAAGAUGGAAAUACUUAAUUCUGAAAAGAAGAAUGAUGAGAGUUAUCUUCCGGAUGUAAACAAAACAUUCCAAAACACAGACGAAGCCUCGGAAGAAAACGAAAUCACUAACUUACCCCCAAUAUCCUCCGAUGAACAGAAGUCGGAGAAAGACGAUGGAAUGGAAGAACCACCUCAAGAGGAAGAGAAACAAAAUCAAACAAAUGAUAAAGAAGUCUUGUCAGAUAGAUCGACAGAACAGCAAUCGGAUAGAGACGGACAACAUGCAGGCGAAGUAGAGCAAGCGACUAAGGCUGAACAAGAACCCCAAGUUGAUCGCGAACCUCAGCAGGAAUAUGAUGAUACGUAUCACUCGACACUCGUCACAGAUACAGACGAACAACAUAAAAACGAUACUGAGAGAGAAAAUCGACAUGGAAGUGAAAAUGACGGUAGGGAUUCAGUUGUUGAUGAUAGGGAAGAAGACGAGCAUAAAGAAAUACCAGAUGAAACAUAUGGCGGUCUUCAAGACGAUUAUGGAAAGAAGUCGCAUAGAUCAGAUAGUUCCAUGUCUUCCCGUUCAGAAGAUAGCGACAAGGCCAAAGAAGAUCAGAAAACUGAACCUGUUAAACAGAAUCAGGCUCAACAGUCUAGAAAAAGUGUAAGAAUGGACGACAGUGUGAAAACAAACAAAACUUCUACUACGACUACAAAAACAAAAGGUAACACUCCUUCCUCUUCUUCCAAUUCUUCGUCGCCAGCACAUAAGCAUGCGACUCGAACAACAUCCCGUAGUGCACAACCCUUUAGAAGACCCGAUCAUAAACCAGAAGCCUCUACAAAGUCUACCUCCUUUGUCUCUCUCAGACGCCCAAAGACCUCUAACUACGGCAGCAUGAUAAGCAGAGGGAAAAAACAAGACAAUAAGAAGGAAAAACCCGCCAAAAAAGGCGAAGAAAGCAACAAAAAGAAGGAUUAUUUCCAGGAGGAGCUUCGACGACUACGAGUACGACUUGGAAAAGAGGCAGAAAACAUCAAGAAACCACAGUUCAAAGAACACGUUCCGUUUGUGUGGACAAGUCUGGAGCCUUACUACAACACAUAUGUACCUAAUUACCUGAUAAAUUUGCCCGAUGAAGAACUCCAGCCACAGAGGCCAGUCAGUCGUGGCCGCCCUCCACAGGGGGAUGACUUUCACCAAGGUUACACCACGAGAAGUACAGCUAUUGGACUGUGUGACCCUUGGAUUGACCUUCGCAUGGACAAAAACAUACUCCCUAAGUUAGAACAGCCAAAGGGACAGGGCCGAGACAAACCUAAAUCGCAAAAGAAAAAGAAAGAAUCAUCUCCAAAGGAAGGAAGCACAAGACUUCCUAAAUUUCCAGUUGUUGAUUUUAAUUCUGGAAAGGAAAAUGCCACCAAGAAGUUCCCUUACAACGAGGUUGCUAAGUUUAGGACGGAACUGAAGGACCGGUUUAGCUCAAACGCAAAGAAGAAGGUCAACAAGGAUUAUAAACGAACGAAGGACGAUUUCUACAGAAUGGAUCUUCACAAAUUGGACGAGAUACAUCCGCUCAAUCGUCCGCACAUGCGUAGGACAUAUUUUGCAUAUCUCCAAAACACUCCCGGAUCACGUAAGGCUGUAAAGGACUGUGUAAAAACCUUGGAUACUGACGAAGGAAAUGAACAGGACGAACAGGAAACGCCCGCUCUGGAGGAGACACACCAUCAACAAGCAGUGGCAAGCACUUGAGAUAUGUUAAACUUCACGUAGAUCAGACAGGUGACGUCAUGAAAUACUCGUAACGACAUGUUUGAUUACGUAUGGGAAUUCAUCAUGGCUGUGAAUGCGGACAUAUACAUUUGUAUGACGUCAUGGUUACGAACUUAUAUGACGUUAUAACUGUUUUCGUCGGAUAAGUUUCUAGAUUGUAUAUGGUUGAGACAAAAUUGUUAAACUUCAAAAUGUGAUCCUUUAACAUGACGUAAACCUAUUUAAUAUUUGUAUUACAAUGUUAUUAUGGUACUUCCUUAACUCUGAGAAAUAUUCCGUCCGGUAACAUUUUCAAACGAUAAAGUUUAGAAUGAAAUGCCAAAAGUCGUAUUUUGUAUUUAUAGUAUAUUGUGAAAGGGAAUAACUCCACUACAAUAAAUUCUUUAACCUCAGAAUAACUUUUUCUUCCUCUUGUAGGACUGUAUAUCUUGAAUAGAAUAAAGGGUAUCUAGGUCAAUUUAUGAUUAAUUUAUUGUUAUAAUUUUUUUCUGAAUGACAAUUAAAUUGUUCUGUUACAAUACAAGUAUUGCGUUUAAAACGUAAUCGUUUUACUUAAAUGUCAGUUUCUAUGUGCAAUUGUAGGCUUUUGUUUCAGAUAAGUAGAUAUGGACAAUCACCCUCAUUACAUGUAUAUCAGAAGAUAAAAAUACGAUUGAAAAAGAUAGUUAUAGAAAUACAUAAUGUAUGUUUAUAUUAGGAAUACAAUAUUAAAGUGCAUAAUUAGCCCUUCUCAUACAAACAAAAUAGAAAAAAAUAUCUGCAUAUUGUAUCUUUAUUAAAACAGGAGGGAAAUGAUAACAGCUUAGAUCGUUGCUAGGUUUUUGCUUGUUUGUUGUUGUUUUUAUCUUUAUAUUCAUCAAAGUCUCUUUUUAAUGCUGCUAUUCUUUCACUUUCUACAGAUUCAGUUAAAUAAUGUGCUAAAUUGACAUUUGAUAAAAAAAUGUGUUGUCUAUGUAUAUUGUGAUUUAAAUUGUUUAACACUUUGUGUACAUUGAAUUGUAUCGAUACCCACUACAGAAUGUGCCUUUCUCCCCUAACGGAUAUCAUUGAUCUAUAUGUUAGCUAUCUACAAGACUUUUAAAAUAAUUUAUAUAAUGUUGACAUUUCUCUAUUUAGGUAUCGUUUGUGUGCUAUUUGACACCCGUAUGUUAUUUAAUAUGGCCUUCCCAAAAAUAUCCUAUAUUGUUUAUUGUUUUUUUUUUUAAACUUAAGUUACUUAAAAGAAGUGGUAUGAUUCGAAUAUAGCAUAAUUCAAAUUCUGAAAGAUUUUAUGCGAAUGAAAUUGUUUUCAGAUAAAUAUGAAUGUAUGACUUAUUGUGUAAAUUGAUGACUGCCCAAGCGAUUGUGAUAACCGAUAGUAUUUGUUUAAUGUGUAAAGUAAGAUCAUGAACUUGACUAUUCUAAUGAAUAGAGUUCAUAAUGUUGUAGAAUACAGAUGAAAUAAACUUUUUUCUAUUCUAUAUA